GCGCUCAGACAGUUGGCCGGCGACGUCACUGCAGGCCGGGUCAGCCGUGAGUUUUCCGAGCGCCACCACCGACGGAGGUGUCGUCCUCUCUCCCUCGAGGAAACACAAGACGACAACAAAAAACGCGAUAAUUAAUAAAACCGACUCGCUGCAGACGCGAACACAAAAAAGUGCUGCUCCCCGAAAAUCACUCUAAAUCGAUGUCAAAAAUCGAAAACUUUGCCGGCUGAUGAACAAAGAAGUGCGUUUCGCGGUGAUUUACUAUUCGAGUGCAAGCAAAGUGCAGUGCAAAGAUUUUCCGCCUUUGUGCAGGCGGCGGCAGGCGGCGGCGGCCAGAUUAUUUUCCUGCAACCGCGCGCGCGAACCAAGAUGAUUCCGUACUCGAGCCAUCACCGACCGCGCGUGGUAACAUCUCAUUAUAUCGUCACCACAAUAAAGAAGAAAACCAAGCAAUAAAACAACACUCGACCUUAUCAUGAGGAGGAGGUGGUGAAGAAGUGAUCAUUUAUCGCGCGUUGAAGAGUUAUUUUGAAAACAAACGGACACAGGACACAAAUUCGCACGCACUUCCCACGCAUGAGUGUUUUCGGCACGGUGCGCCGCUGCUUUCGACGACACGCGCCCGUCACGUCGUUCACGCCGCCGGCGUCGCCGCCGCCGACCGCCACCACGCUGCCGCCGGCCAGUCGUCCAGUGCGUUACCAACAACGCCACAUUGCAUAAUCAAUGUCAGAAAGUGUGGUCUGUCUUAGACAUGGGAAGUGAGCACUAUUGCCUCAGGUGGAACAAUCAUCAGAGUAACCUGCUGGGCGUGUUCAGUCAGCUGCUGCGCGACGAGAGUCUGGUGGACGUGACGCUGGCCUGCUCGGAGGGCCAUUCGAUACGCGCCCACAAGGUGGUGUUGUCGGCGUGCUCCUCGUACUUCCAGACGCUGUUCGUCGAUCAUCCCAGCCGCCACCCGAUUGUCAUCCUGAAGGACGUGCGUUUCGCCGAACUGCGCACCCUUGUGGAGUUCAUGUACAAAGGCGAGGUGAACGUCGAGUACUGCCAGUUGUCGGCACUGCUGAAGACGGCCGAAAGUCUCAAAGUGAAGGGACUGGCGGAGAUGACCAACCUGGGAGGCGGCAACGGCGCCAAGCAGGAGCCACGAGAUGAUCCGGAGCAAGAGCCGGAACAAACCGAGCCCACCGAGUUGGUGAGCAAACCGUCGGCGUGCAGUCCGCUGCCGGCGACUGCCACUACCACCAGCAGCACUACAACCUCACCGUCGACAUCGGCGAGUGCGGCACCAGCAGAGGACAUAACGACCAGGGACAGAGAACGGGAAGCAAGAUGUGAGCGGGAACACAGGGAGAGAGAUCGUGAUCGGGAUAGAGAUAGGGAUCGAGAGCGUGAUCGUGAAUCUCACCGCGAAUCCCACCGUGAUAAAGACAGAGAUCGUGAUAGGGAUCGAGAUAGAGACAGGGCUGAAAGAAGGGCUGAACGGGAGCGGGAACGAGAGCGUGAGCGUGAUCGGAAUCGGGAGCGAGAGCUUCGAGAACACGUGCCCACACCGCCCAAGCUAUGCCACACGCCACCAGAUAGAGGUGGAGGUGCUGGAGGUAGCCCGCCACCCGAACGUACCCGCAGCUCAUCGGGCACACCGCUCACUUUGGAGGAGCAGUGUCGGCCCAGUGACAUGACGCUGCACAACAACGGCACCGCCGUUGCAUGCUCCACCAUGUUGAGCACAGGGUGCAAUCGGCUUCCUUCGCCCAUUCUCAGCGAGCCGCUGCCUGGACCCUCCAACAUGCCUCCCGUACAAAAAGUGCCUCUCUAUUUUUUCAAUUUGUUUCAGUCGCUGAAAAAGGAAGUGGACUGGGGCGGCGGUGGUUCAGGUGGUGGAGGCGGCGGGCUUGCAGAUGAUAAAAGCACAGGCGAAAGCUCAUCGGAUUAUCCCAGGCAUUCGCACGAUCCUGAUCUGGAUGGCAGGGAGGCAGCCGGCUCGCCGCGUGUGUAUUCGUGCAUGUACUGCGGCACGACGUUCCAGCAUCAGAGCAAGCUCACCCGGCACAUCCUCUCCCACUCGCUGGAGAGCCUCAAAUACCGGGAGCAACAACACCAGUUGCCACAUUGUGCGCUGAUGGCUGAAUCGUCCCUGUUAGACUUCAGCGGCGGUGUGCCGCGUCCUACCAUCGGCCUUCAUCAUGACCCACCCGAUGGGCUGGGGCUUGGUGACGGAGGCCAUCCUACACCCAUGGACCUAGAGUUAAGCGCCGAUGGACCUGGUGUGGUGCUGUGUAAAUUCUGCGGCAAAUCGUUUCCGGACGUGUCGUCGCUCAUUACUCAUCUGCCGGUGCACACUGGCGACCGGCCGUUCAAGUGCGAGUUCUGCGGCAAGGCUUUCAAGCUGCGCCAUCACAUGAAGGACCAUUGCCGGGUGCAUACUGGUGAACGGCCCUUUCGGUGUACACUCUGUGGCAAGACGUUCUCGCGUUCCACCAUCCUCAAGGCGCACGAGAAGACGCACUACCCGAAGUAUGUGCGCAAGUUCCUCUCCCCCAGCCCGCUAGACACCGAAGAGGAGAGUCCGCACUAGCACAGCGCCCACCUCCGCCCUGCGGACCUCUUCUGGUGGCUCAGGCAGUGAAUCCCGCAAACUCUGAAUCAGACUUUUAAACCUGCUGGUGCGACGAAUCGUUGCUGACAUGAUCACUAAUUGAUUUAGUAAUAAUAAACGAUUAUUACUUCAUACUGAAAUGCUAUUUGUAAAUAUUUGCGAUUGUGCGGACGCGCGGUCGACGCGCCCGGCGAGAAGAUAUUUAAUUAUACAACACAUUUAUAGUUCCUUAGACUGAUGAUCGUGAUGAUAAUAUACAUAUAAUGUUAUUAUAUAUUAUAUAUAAAACAAUGAUGAUUACGGAGCUUCGUUUUCGUUAUCAAUACAAUGGAUGGGAGCACGCGCCUAGCGCUGCGCCGGCGGGACAAACACGUUGACAUAAAUUGAAUUAUAAUGACGCUUUGAAACGUAGUUUUGAGGGCUUUGUGUAAAAUAUUAGCUAAUUAUACAUACGGAAAACUGAGAAAGCAUACACACCGGUUAAUUUUAUUCCACAACAAACAAUAAAUACAUUUUUAUAGUGUUCAUGAUAGGGAAGAGUAAUGAAUGAAAUCAUAUGAAGAAAAAUCAUGAAAAUUGAUCUUGAAGUGGUAAAAAAUUGAGUAGUAAAUUAUAGUUGAUUGAUGGAAGAUGCGUUUUGAUGAUUUUUCUGCUCACAAAUAAAUAAUUAGACAUAAAUCGCGUUAGCAAUCACAAACAUAAGUGUAGUAUAGAUAUCAAAACAACCCGGCGUUAAAUUUGAAUUCUUAAUCAUUGUUUUAAAAUUGCGACAUUUUUAUUUUCAUCUCUUCUUCCGCAAAAUAAUAAUCAGCAUUCAAAUACAUAAUCGACUUCGUAUUAAAUCAUUAUUCCGCUUUCUGUUUUUAAAUAAUUAAUUAGUUCUUUAUACAUAAUUUGGCUUCUGAGCGGUUUUGAUCGUUACACUACACUUAUGUGUAUUACCCUCUUUGCGGCAGCUAUGAAUUAAUAAACGUGCAACACUCAAGACUCGAUUAGCCCGAGUUUGAAAAUAAUCUCAACACAAUCACACACGCUGCGUAUGUAUGAAUAUGUAACCAGUAGGCAAAACACACACCCACUCACCCCAACACGCAGAAUAAACAUGUAUAAACAAGUAAACAACAAGUAAGAAAAAAAAAACGUUAUAGAAUUCAGUGCAGAAGAGUUAAAUUGAUGAAGCAAACACAAAUAUUUAAGAGAAACAUUUGUAAGAGCUGUGAUAGAACCUUAAUUAACUUAUUGAAUAUUAUAAACAUUAAUGAACUAUAGUAAUAAUUGAUAAUGCCGUAAGAUGUUAACAGAGAGACAGAGAUGUUAAGUAAGUGUUUUAUUUAGGCAGAAAAUUGCGAUGGCAAACGAUGGUGCGAAUGAAGUGAGAGAAGAAGUUUUCAGUCGAUUUUCGAUGCUUGAGAAGUCUUUGCGAGGCUGAUUGAUUUGAUUCGAUUCGAUUUGUUUAGCAGACGACGCGACUCUAAAUACGUGCACUCUUUGACUAUGACUAUGAGUACUAAUUCAACCCACCUGAUGAUAGCUGAUUACACACGCCGGUAGUUUAAUAUAUGUUUACAAUAUCUUUAGAUUCGAGCGCAUCUAUGCAUUCCAAUUGGAGGGUAGAUUUCAGUUCUUAAUUUAACGCGCGUCAAACAACAUGUCGGGCAGUAUUAUUCACAGCAGGUUGACACACAUGUAAUCAUUUGAUGCGAAUCCGUCGAGUUGAUAUAUAUCUUGUUUCUUGUUCUUUUGUUCUUGUUUCUGUUUAUGUUUUUCUUAAGUUUUUAUGUUUAAUUGUCUAUGAUUAGAGAGAAUUUUUAAGUACGA